UCUUCUUACCCAGUCCCUUCGUGUCCCGGAGUUUUCCCCAACCCGAUAAAAACACAAGAAAAAAAAAAAUCAAUAACCAAAAGAAAAAAAAUAAUUAUAUAUAUAUUUAUCAAAAAACAACAAAACAAAAAGAACGGGAGGGACGACAACAGAGCACGCACAUGGGAGAGCGCUGCGAUUUUUCCACUCCAGUACGUUGCGCGAUGGCUUAUAUAUGAGGAGGACACUUUGGAAUGCGGAGAUAAAAAACAAGCGUCUCCAGAAGGGAGAGAGAGAGAGCGAGAAGAAGAGAGAGAGAGGGAGAGAGACAGAAAACACAACACGGCCACAGAGACGGACUCCUCCCCGCCUCGGCCGUGACACCUCCGGCGGAUCACAGCGAAGAGGAUGACAGUGUUUCAUUUUUUGUUUGUUUUGGGUUUGUUUUACACGGCGAUCUAACGCUGUCAGUCAUCAUUUUCCUCCGGCACGCACUGACUGACUGCAUGGCUUCAGAAAGUUGCCGGGAUAAUAACAUGGACAUCUGACUUGCGCCCUCACAGCGUCAUUGGACCACAUUGAGCCCCCCUCUUUCCAUCACGUCUCGGACUAAUCUGCGCUUUUUGCGUUUGGAGUGAAGGGCUGAGCAGUUGUCACUUUGGCCCUGACAUAGGCUGCACCCAGCAAGCGCAGGGGGGGUUUGACACUGUACAGCGCCACGGGAGACACCGAGUGUUCCGCUGCGCAUUGGUGGCUUUCUGCGCUGGUCUCACUUGUUUGUGCAUCAGAGGGUGGGGGGGGACCACAUUCUGUCUGGAUUCCCCCGUCCUGACAAACCGGCAGAAAAAAAAAGGCACAUGUUUUCAUCGGGACCGUUGACUCCGUAAUUUUUGUAACUUCACAUUUCCGUCAACUUGAACAAGUGUCACCUCAUCCGUCCUCCCCGUUGAAUGAUCACAUUUGCCUCUUUUCUUUCGCUCGUUUCUCUUUCUGUUCGCAUUACGUUGAUAGCUCUGAAGCAGAAACACCGGUCCACAUGUGACUGAGGUCAGGUCACCUGUCCCGGUUCAGGCGCCCCGUUUCUCCUACCCUCCACCCGCUCCACAUAUCUGAUCCUACCGAGCGAUCGACACUGAGACGGAAUAGACUAACGAAGUUUUGCUGUAGUGAUGCUGCAAGUGGAAAUGGUCCUCUUCGUCUGCCUGGUGCUGCUGAUGUGUGUUCUAAGCCAGGAGCCUGGAUCCAAAGUGGUGGCCGACCGCUACGCCGUCUUCUGGAACCGGACCAACGCCAAGUUCCACCGUGGUGAUUAUCACAUCGACGUGUGCAUAAAUGACUACCUGGAUGUCUACUGUCCUCAUUAUGAGGACUCCGUGCCUGAGGAGCGAACAGAGCGCUAUGUUCUCUACAUGGUGAACUACGAUGGCUACAGCACAUGCGACCACACCGCCAAGGGCUUCAAGCGCUGGGAGUGCAACAGGCCGCACUCCCCCAACGGGCCGCUAAAGUUUUCAGAGAAGUUCCAGCUCUUCACUCCCUUUUCUUUGGGCUUCGAGUUUCGACCAGGCAGAGAAUAUUAUUACAUCUCCUCCACCGUUGCUCCAAACGGGAAGAAAACAUGCCUCAAGCUUAAAGUUUUCGUCCGACCAUCAAACAGCUGUCUGAAAACAGAUCGUGUUUUUGAUAUAGAUGACAGAGUAGAAAGUACGUUACCAAGAGAUGAAACUAGCCAUGAAACGGCUGCCCCUUCGCGGAGUGAAACGAACGCUGCGCAACGUCUGCAGAAGACAAGUUCUCUACUUGCUUUGCUGCUGGUCACCCUAGUGGGACUCUUUACUUUAUAGCGCCUCCCUCUGUGCUGGAGGUCAUUUACACCUAGCGUGGCCUGAAUCUACCCUAGGCUGCAGGGUAGUGGGUGGGAUUUGGGUGGAUUGCAUUUGCUUGAUUGGGCAUAAAAAGCAGGCUUCUCAAGAAAAAAAAAAACCCUCUAUUUUUUUCAGAAGAAAAAUUAAGUGGUCUUUCUCCUUCUGUGAGUUAAAAAAAGUUGAUGUUAAAAGUGGGAGAGAAAGUGCCCCCUCUUAUACCUUCAACUAAGAUGCCAAAUCCCAAUUUUUUGACACUUAGUGAUUCUUAUUUUCCCAUGACAUUUACCAUCACGCUACAUCGUAUUUAUGUCAUUGCAGCACUGAUGUUUACCUAUGAAAACUAAGUUCAUUCAGUUUAUUGUGCAUACACACAGGCGGCACACCAUUGCAACAAUGCAAAAGCACAUUCAAAAACAGCAGCCAAUAGCAGUAGAGUUUUACAGUUUUAGACAGUCGCCGUAUACACAGUGGAGCAUUGUAGUGUUAGAAAUUAUUGUAUAUACAACAGAAAGAAAUGGAACGUUUCCCUGAGACCUCUCAAGAAGCCUUCCAAAGCUUAGCUUAAACCAGAGAUAGAUGUAGUUGUUCAGUUUUUAACUAAGACAGAAUUCAGAAAUAUGUAAAAUAUCUGACAUGGAGCAAAGUGACUUACAAUCCCUCAUUUUUUAAACACCGUGUCCUCUUUCUCCAUAAUAUGAUGAGUUGUUGAAUGUUCUGGACGAGCAAACCCUUUUCAAAUUAGCAAGCAACUGUUUCUUUCUGACAAACCCAAUAAAAAUGGCCAAUAAAACAUUUCUAAAAAAAGGAUUCUGUUCACCCAAACUCACAAAGCCAAAACUAAAUUGAAACUUUCUCUCCAGACACUUCGUUAACCGCUGUUAAAAUCGAGAAUCAAUACCUUUUGAAACUUGAUAACACAAUUUCACGGCAGCAGUCACAGCCAUUUGUGCAAUGUUUACUGAGCUGGGCCGCAAUUGUUUUCUCUGUUCCAGUUGAGCAUUAGUCAAUAUUAACACUCCCAUAAACAUUUGCAUCCAAAACUAUUUAUUCCCUGGCUAUUGAUUGUUCAAAAAGGUUCACAGCUUAAACUGGGUGGUGUUUUCUUCUUAUUUUUUAUUUUGCUAUACUAUCCAGUUAUUUGACUCAUCAAACAUUCUCUUUAACUAUGCAGAUAGUUUAAACUUUUUUAGAUCCUGUCAUAAACUUUUUUAGAUCCUGUCAAAUGAGAACAAUAAAAUAUGCUUCAUAAGACUCUUCAACUUAAAGUACCAUGCUUUUUUUAUUCUUCAACAUGAUCAUAGUUCAGUUAAAUACUUAUUAAAUGCUUAUCAUGUUCAGAUUCUUACAGCAGUUGGUGAAGCAUUAUAACGACAAAUGCAUAGCUCCAAUUAGAGGAGUGUAAACAGAAAAAAAAACAUAUCCAUUAAAAUUAAGGCAGCUCUGUUCAGUUUGUUUAUGUUACCACUUAGAUUCAAAGUAAUUUACUGAUCAGCACUGAUCAUUACUUCCACAGAAACACAAGGGGAGUUUGCAUAUUGGCAGUGUCUUAUUUAAAGAAAGGUUUUUGCUUCCUUGAAAGAGGUAACCUUUACCCAGAGGGAUAGCUCAGGACUUUUCUGUUAAAAGAUCGUAAGCGGUUAAUAUCUUUCCCACAGUAGAGAAAUUUUUGCCGUCUUCAUUUGGUUAAAAAUCCCCUUCAAUCAAACCCAGACUCUGAAGAAAUGUCUUCAGAGUGGCUCGUCACAAAUGACUUUUGUUGUUUCUUCUUUUCACAAAAGCAGUGCAAGUAUUUAAGAAAGCUGAUACUACAGCCAGUUCUGGUUUGUUUUUUCACAAGCAGUGAGUCAACGCAGAGCUACAUCAUUGCAACACUGUAAAUGUCUGGUUCUGCCACGUUAACAGAGAGAAUUUAACUACACAAACAAUAUUUAUCUACAUUUUCCUGCAAAUAGAUUACCUAAUAUCACCAUCUUAAUUUAUUGAUGCUGUUUUAACAAGCAGACUUUAAGAUUGGGAGCAUCUGUCUUUCUACUGCUAUUCCAACUUUUUGGUAAUUUCGAGGCUCUGUGUUUUGACUUACACAGAUUGGACAUGAUACUAACUGUGAAGUUUGAAAUUAUUUUUAUGUUUAAAUUGGUUGCAAGCUUUUGCUGGCUCAGCCACAGCUCUAGGUGAAAGCAGCUCUUUCCUGUGGUUCAGUUCAAAGUUGAAUAACAAGUUUAUCUGUGCCAGAGCCAGAACGUGCAGCAAUGGGGACAGACACAAACUGUGAGGAAGACACACUAGUAUUAGUGUAACCUUGAAAGCUGUUUAGGGUAAAAACCCUUAGAGAGCCCAUAAGUAAAUUAAAUUUCUUACAGUAACAUCAAGUCCAUGGCAGUUUAUCUGUACAGUGUUUCAUGAAUGCCUAAACUGUCUUUGUGUUUGCAUUGGACAAUAGCAGAUAAUGAUAAGAGAAACUGACAUAACAGACAAUCCCCAUUCUUUGUGAAACAAAGUGGAACUUGCCAAUCAUUUGCAGUCAGAGUAACUACCUUAUAGAAUAGUAAUGCAUUGUUUAAAAAAAACUAUAAAAAUAGUGUGAAUUAACACUGUAAUAUUUUGGUUUUUUUCCAUUGCUGUAUUUUUAUAUCAGUUACUCUGACCAGAAAUACUUUUCACACAGGACGAUCAGUUGCAAUGCCCUUCCAUUUUUAGUUGUAAAUAACCGUUGUCUUCUGUGUGGACAACUGCCCAAUGCAAAAGUUACAGUGGUUUAAAGGUUCAAAAAAGUUGUUUUAAGAUGAUAGCAGUACACUUUGGUCUUGGUCCUUCUUUGACAAACCAUUAGUGUCUGGAAUGAGCUAAUAAUAUGGAUUUAUGCUAAAUUAAGACAUGAGUACUUAUGACCUUUUAAUAUAACCUCACUUCAAAAUUCUUUAGCUAUGUCUUUAACUCUACUGAAUCUAGUAUCAUAUCAAAGCAGCAAGUUAGUAAAAGGCUCGGAAAGAUGGACAGAAUGAGAGAAAUACAGCAAAAAAAGGAACACAGGAACAAUUGCGCACCCACCUUCUGCUCCUACUGUUACUUGUUUAAGCGACCCCUUAAUGAGGUUCAAAAUGACAGGCACGCAGACCCCAUGUUGUCGCAAGGGAAGUUUUUCUGGUAUUAAAAAUAGAUGAUGGAAGGCUUAGUGGGGGAGUCUCGGAAGUGUAGAUUUUUACUGUGGGGGGGUUUAAAGCACCAAUGACCUUGCAGUUCAAGAGAGCUGGCAAGUGAAGGAGACAGAGAAGAAUUAUAUGGAGAGAGGCUUACACAUUCAAAUGCAAACAGGUUUAAAAAGAUAGCUGAUAAAAAUGUGAUUAGUGCCUAACAAAACACUUUUAGACAAAAGAACCUAAAAACUCAUUCAGUACUACAGGCCAAAAAACCUAUUCAAUUCAAUGACAAACAUGCUGUCUAGCACCAUUCAGCCUCAGAGGCAUGCACUGUUUUGGGUUUGCUUUGUUUUUAUUUUGUGACUGUGUUUUUUUCUGUGUUUUUUUAUAUAUAUGUAUCUAUUUUUCAUUUCAUUUCUGAAAAACAACGUUUGCCUUCAGCCAUUUGUUCCUUUUAUAUACUGCGGUAACAAUGCUAUUACAGCAGAAUAGCAGCUCAGCUACAAGAGGUAAUAUGAGACGAGGCCAUUUAAUGAGGUACUAAUUUUCAGAAUAUCACCACGGGGAUAUGAGCACUGCAGAAGAUUCAACAUGGACGCUUGUCUGCAGGCUAUAAUCAGAAACCAGCUUCAGUUUUAUGAUUAUCAACACUAAUUGUCUUUUUUUUUCUUUUGCUAUCAAUACCAUGAUCUUUUUUUUCUGCACACAACCCAAACCUGGGAAAUGAGAAUCAACUUAUAUACUGGAUACUGUGUAUCCUGAGGUAGACAACCAUACAACAUAGUAGUGUUAGGUUAGUAUCUGUUUUGUACCUUUCUGGAGGACAAAUAAAAAAAAUGAGAUAAACCAUUGUUAAAACUGUAUAAUUAUUAUUAUUGUUAUGAUGAUAAUGAUUAUGACUAUUAUUAUUAUUAGGAAAACUUCUCGAUGUAUAUAGUGUUUGAUAUUAAAGUAUUAAUUUGGUUCUUAUGUCUUUUCUAAAAACAAUCAGAUACCGUAUUAUCUCUGGGUUUUGCGGAGUGUGUACUGUUCUCAAACAAUGCAUUGUGUGUGCUUUAAUCCUCAAUGCCUAAAGAGACUCUUGAGUUCAAACAAAAAGGGGAAACCUGUGGGAGCUGCACACACUGUGCAGUUGGCUGGAACAUUAGCCAACAAGAGGCUCACCUCUUACAUGUUUUAAACCAGUCCCCAUCUCUUCAUGGAAAGAUCCUGCCUACGAAAAGAAGCAUUUGGGACUUGAUCGAUGGCCUAUUUGUACUUUUUCUUGCCUUCAGGAUUUGGAAGCAUUUUUUGAGUGGAAAGUUGGCUUUUUAAUGGAAGGAUCUCACCAGUUUCAUUAUGUGGCAUGCGCAUGAACUUGAUAACAUGUAUAAAAAAAAUCUGAAGUUUUCAAGACUUUGUUUUUUUUGCUGUUUUCUUUUCCAUGCUGAUGUAUUAGAUUUAAUGGUCAUUUCCAUGUUCUGUGUUUUUGCAUCCCCCAUUCGAGUGAUGUCAGACUGUGUACUCACACAUGACAAAUGUACAUACCACAAGCCAUUGUUGGGAGAUUUAAAAUUGGGUUUUGUGAGGUGCUUCAUUUUGUAGAUCAAAAGCAAUUCUUACUUUUAUUUUUCUAAACCUAACAUUCUGUAAGCAUCCAUGGUGUUCAUCCUCGACUUGUUCCCUUUUUUUCCCUUCACUCCCAGUAGGAGGGGUUUAUGAGUGGAUACAUCAGUGUAGACAUUUUCCAGUGUGACACUUUGAGUUUUUUGUGUCUCUUUUUCUGUCGCCACAGUAAAAGCGAAGCAGCAACUUUGUUUGGCAAUGAAGAGUGUUUCCCAUGCCUUAGCCCCUCAGCCUCUAACCCAUCUGUGUUCAAGACACUUUUUGCCAUUGUGCUUGUACACAGAGCAGCUGCUGGCUUCGAAGAGAGUACAAUGGGGCACUUCAAUUUUCUCUGUCUUUUUAACAACCUCUAAAUCACUUUUUCUUACUGUAGAUGGUGGUCUUAGGAACAGUUCAAGGAUUAGAGCAUCCCACCUAACAAAUCCUGUACUGGAUUGUUAAGAGAGUGAACCCUAUCAUCGAUUUAUGCUCUGUGCGCAGAGUAAAGCUUCUCAGCUCUCCUCUUGCUGAUGAAAACACUUGUUCGUUUUAUGUCCUGCCUCCGUUCUUCUUGUGCUUGUAUAACUUCCACCUGCUGUCCUUUCUCCCUCACCUUUCAACCCCACUCCGGCUUUUCCAUCAGUGGGGACUGUUUCCAAACUGCUCUUUUACAGUAUAUAAAAUGAAAGAAAAUUUGACAGGAAAAUGAUCUGUAUUUGUAUAUACACGUGUCUGAGCAACUAUGAGUACUACAAUAAAACAUUGCUUUGAUGAUUGUAA